CGCGCUCUCCAGUAAACAUGGCCGCUCUCAGCAAAUCCAUACCGCACAAUUGCUAUGAGAUCGGGCAUACAUGGAGCCCCUCCUGUACAACUUCAGCUCUGCAAGUCACGGCCGGGGCUCUGGAGGUCUCUCUCAAAAUAUAUGCACCAUUAUAUCUAAUUGCAGCUGUCCUCAGAAGAAGGAAAAAAGACUACUAUAAGAAGAAACUCCUCCCUGAGAUCCUGCAGUCUGCGUCAUUUCUGACUACAAAUGGAGGCCUGUACAUUGUCUUUUUCUGCCUACUUAGGAAGCUGCUGGGCCGGUUCUACUGCUGGUCAGCAGGCUUUGGAGCUGCACUACCAGCUUCAUACAUCGCUAUUCUGAUCGAGCGCAAAAGCAGGAGAGGACUUUUAACAAUAUAUAUGGCAAACUUGGCGACCGAGACAGUAUUUCGGAUGGCUGUCACACGAGGCAUCGUUAACCCUUUAAAACACGGAGAGGUUCUUCUAUUCUGUAUUACUGCGUCACUUUACAUGUUUUUCUUCAGAUGCAAAGACGGACUUAAGGGUUUUGCUUUCUCAGCAUUAAAGUUUAUUGUAGGAAAGGAAGAGAUCCUCACACAUUCCAGCGUGGCUGAGCUGCCCAGUGCAUCUCAUCCAGAAAGGCCAGCUUUACCUUCAACAGACGUGGAGCCACCUUCAUCCUGCCGUAGGACCAUCACGGCUCUGACUCGCAGGCUGUUCGACUCUCUAUGCAAACGUGGACCCAGACAUAGGUGUUGCAAGCACUACCAAGACAACUGCAUCUCCUACUGCAUCAAAGGAUUCAUCCGCAUGUUUAGCGUGGGUUACCUCAUCCAGUGCUGUUUGAAGGUUCCAUCAGCAUUUAGGCAUGUUUUCACCAAACCCUCUCGUCUUCUAUCACUACUCUACAAUAAGGAGAAUUUCCAACUCGGAGCCUUUCUCGGUUCUUUCGUCAGCAUUUACAAGGGAACCAGCUGUUUCCUUCGGUGGGUGCGUAACCUCGAUGAUGAGCUCCAUGCACUUAUAGCAGGUUUUCUUGCUGGCAUCUCCAUGUUCUUCUAUAAGAGCACCACCAUCUCAAUGUAUCUCUUUUCCAAGCUUGUGGAGACCAUGUACUUCAAAGGCAUCGAGGCAGGACACUUCCCCUACUUCCCGAAUUCUGACACAUUAAUCUAUGCCAUCUCAACUGCCAUCUGCUUCCAGGCCGCGGUGAUGGAAGUGCAGAAUCUGCGACCAUCAUACUGGAAGUUUCUCCUGCGACUGACCAAGGGCAGGUUUGCUCUGAUGAACAGAAAAGUGCUAGACGUGUUUGGGACUGAGGCUUCUCGACACUUUAAAGACUUCAGUCCCAAACUGGACCCCAGAUACACACUGUUUGCUCAAGAUGCAGACAUGCAGCUGAGUUAACAAGCCUUGGACACCACUACAGUGACCACCCAGAUCCCCUCUUUCAACAAAUAAUGUGAAUGGUAUUGCGUUGGUUGCUAGUAUAACAUUCUAGCGUUGCCCAAAGGCAGUAUUAAAUCCUCAUAUCUACUCGUAAUCCUCGGAGUUUAAUUGGAACAGUUUGUUACCAGAGUUAAACUGAUUGACUUGUUGCCAGAAUUUAGGCUUGUUUACUUUUUAUGCCUGUAGGUGUAAAGCUUCUCGUCAUUCAGUCAUUACAACUGUGGUGUUGAGAUCAUGUGGUUUUUUUUUUUGUUCUAUUUAAUUCUGAAAAUAAUUAUUCUGACCUAAUAUUUCAGAUGUGAUUUUAAAUUAGAUCGCUUAGAGACAAAAGAAUGCAUAAAGCUAUUCUAACUCUAUUCCGUGGAACAAUCUGAAUUCAUUUGCUCAAGUCGCUACGUAUGAGCAAACGUGCAUCAGCCACAUAUUUUUUGAAAAGAAUCAGGGUUUCGUCUGUAGUGAAAUUAAACUUACUGGCGUUUUUUGAAGUGCAUAAAACAUUGCAGAAAACAUUCAAAAAGAGAAA